UUGUGUCAUGAUGAUGCCACCUGCCUGGAGUCACGAGCAAGAGGCGAUUCUUUCACCAGCCCUGAGCUCUUUUGUGUCUGUAAAGUUGGCUUUGUAGGUGACGGUCUCACCUGCCAUAAUACAAAACUUUGCGGUGACUCUUCUUGCUGUAGCCAAGGUUAUCACUGGUCACAGGAAAGGGGCUGUGUCGACACUGACGAGUGCUCCCUCCCAGACUCACCCUGCACGCCACCUCAGGUUUGCCAAAACACUCCAGGCUCCUUCAAAUGCCUGGAACCUUCCCCUAGUGCCAGAUCAGGCCUCUCAUCUGUCCAGUUCAACUGUGGACAUGUUGUUUGUCCUUUCGGCAUGGAUUGCAUCGGUUAUAAUUGGAGUCUUUGUGCUGACCCCUGUGAGGACUACACUAUACUGAAUGAUGACUGGCGUUCAGUUAAUAAUACAUCGCAGGAAAUCCUACACUGUGACCGAAAUAUUAAUUGGCAAGGCUGGUAUCGCCUGUUUCUGGGGCAAAACAGUGCUCAUAUUCCAGAAUGGUGUGUGGAUGAAAAAAGGUGUGGAACCCAUGCUCCUCUGUGGAUAACAGAACCUCAUCCAACACAGUUUGGGGAAAUUGUAGAACGCACUGUCUGCAAUUCUUGGGCAGGCAGUUGCUGCUUCUUUGACUCACACAUCAUCCAUGUCAAGCUCUGUUAUGGAAACUUCUAUGUCUACAAACUUGCCAAGCCAGUUGGACGCCAUUAUGCAUACUGUGCAGAUGUGAAUCCAACAAACCCUCCAGUUUCUUCAACCACACCUGGUACAACAACACCACCACAGCCCUCUACUACCAAUCAGGUUGAUAUCACCAUCACAACAACAGCAGUAAGCAACAGCACAGGAGUUGAGGGGCAGAUCCGUCUGGCUAAUGCAAGAAACAGUUCCUGCUCUGGUAGAGUAGAGAUCUUCCUCCAUGGACAGUGGGGGACAGUGUGUGAUGAUUCCUGGAGCCUGUUAAAUGCUCAGGUGGUAUGUAGACAGCUGGGAUGUGACAGGGUUCUGUCAGCACCAUCGGGUGCUCAUUUUGGACAAGGCAUAGGGCCCAUCUGGUUGGAUGAUGUCAUGUGCGCAGGAAGCGAAUCAAAGCUCACAGAGUGCAGCCACCGAGGGAUUGGAUCUCACGACUGUGGUCACUCAGAGGAUGCUGGUGUUGUCUGUGAAGCUGGUUCACCAGUGAGGUUGGUCAACUCUGACAACCGUUGCUCUGGCAGAGUGGAGGUCUACCAUGAUGGACAGUGGGGGACAGUGUGUGAUGAUAACUGGGACCUAAAUGAUGCUCAGGUGGUGUGUAGACAGCUGGACUGUGGCAUUGCUCGUGCAGCACCGCUGAAUGCAGCUUAUGGAGCCGGCAGUGGACCCAUCUGGUUGGACGAUGUCAAUUGUUAUGGCAGUGAAUCAUCGAUAACAGACUGCAGACAUCGAGGACUUGGGGUCCACAACUGUCGCCACAUUGAAGAUGCCAGUGUUGUUUGUGAAAUCCAGCACCCUCCACUUCAGGCUCCUCAGCUCAUUUGUGGUCGUGAUAAACUCCAAAUAGGGCUGGAUUUGGCUGGUGUGGCUUCCUCUGGUUUUGACCCAUUUUCUGGCAACCUGGCAGCAAGAAACUGCUCGCAGUUCAGAGUGCGUGGUGAUGUAGUGUGGUACGAAGUGGAGGCCAGAGAAGGUGUCUGUGGAAACACACUGACGACCAACAGCACACAUGCCAUUUACUCCAACAGUUUAUUUAUCUACCCCGGAAACGUGUCCUUCGGCCUUCCUGCUCGUCUUCCCUUCUCCUGUGCUUAUCCUCUGGAUACAGACGCAAGCCUAAACGUGGCUAUCAGUCCAUUCCUGUCGCUGGCAGAUGGCAUUUCAGGCUUGGGCUCCAAAGCCGAAGCCUCCAUGUUUCUGUUCCGCAGCUCCAACUACAAUGACACGUAUCCAUCAGGCCAGAUCAACUUGCCAGUGGGUUCACCAUUGUACGUGGGCGUGUCUGUGGAGGAGAUGCAUUCAUCCUUUGUCGUCGUUCUCGAGGACUGCUAUGCCACUAACUCAUUAAACCCUGAUGACCCUGUGCGAUACUAUCUCAUCCAGAACAAGUGUCCCACUGACCGCAGACAGGUGUCAGUGACUGAGAGCGGCUCGUCCCUCCAUGCUCGCUUCACUGCCCUGCUCUUCCUGCUCCAGGAUGAAUACCAAGACACUUUCCUUCAUUGCAGCCUCAGCUUGUGUAACCAAAGGAGCUCCUCUUGUGUUCCACCUUGCGUGAGUAGGAGGUCCCGCUCUGUUUCCACCUCUGAGCCUCUGAAGCCCCUCACCAUUGGACCAAUUAUCUGGGUCAAGUAACCUGAGUGAGCUGAUAACAACCAGUAAUAAAACACAAAUCACAUAAAUCACAUGAAUCACAUUUCAUAUUGUGAUUUUGUUAGAUUUUUUUUUUAAUUAGAGACAUACUGUACGAUCUAAAAAUGAUGUUAUAUUGUAUAAUUAUAUUGUGUCAUUCUAUUACCUUUGCAUUUUUUUUGUUGCUACACAAAAAUCAAAAAUAUAUAUGGCUAAAUAAUAAAGGCAU